CAAAACCGGACCAGAAACCGAAAAGAUUUCACAAUCCCCAGCAGGAAAUUGUAAUUCCUCGUGGUUUUGUGAGUUUAAUUGACCAAUUCUUCAGUAAUCAGCGCAGUUUUAUGCGUUAAAACAAGAAAACCCUAAUCUCUGUUUAAUUCCGUUUGAAAUUAUGUCCAGUAGUGAGCUAACACCAAAGGAAACACUGGUUAGGGAUCCCUCGGAUGAGUGAAUCUACAUCAGAAUUGCCCAGCGUCGAUUUUCUACACAACAUAUAGCGUCAACCUGUCUUCGAUGGUAAGAUAAGCUAAUGGAGUGAACCCCCGGCGGGUGGUAAGACUAUAGAUUGUAAGGUUCAUAUUCGUAAUUUGAUGUGCAGAACCGUAUACGAUAUGUUUCAAUGUUCAGCCAGACUGCUAUAUUUUACCAAAUAAUUCAACACCAAGGGGAAAAUCAUUGUUUUUGUUCGAAUAGAAAAUAGCGUUAAUUUGCUUGUCACCGAAAAUUGCAGUUGAACGACGCCGUCGUUUCAAUAUCAACGAUAAAAUCAAAGAACUCGGCACUCUGCUGCCUCGCAACAUUGAAGGUUCCAGCAGCGAUAUCAGCGGAAAGGAUGGCAGAGUCAACAAGGGAACCAUCCUGAAAGGGACGGUCGACUACGUGAAGGAACUGAAGCAGGAAGUCAGCGCGUUGCGUCGGAAUGGCGACCUGUUGGUUGCCAUCAAAAACGAGAACGUCAUCUUACAACACAAGUUAUCGGUAAUUUACUAUAUACAUAUUGGGUAUAACAUGGUACAUUCGACUAUCCCAUGAUUUGAUAUGAACCUCAGAAAAAUAUUGUACUAGAUGAUGAAUUUUAUUGACCUACAUUUAUAAUAAGCAUUACAGCAUUUCAGCAUAAUCAUAAAUUUGUUUACAGGUUCAGUUUGAGUAAGUAUCGUCCAAUUCUUAAUCUUAACAAGGCAUUUCCAUUCUGUUAAUUGUUGAACAUUUUAUCAUUUAUGAAUUGACAGAGAUAUUGCUGGGAGGAAUUCUACCCGAUGCUUGAGUUAUAGCCAAAGAUCGACCAGCAGCUGGCGCCCACCAAGCAGGGCAUCGUAAGGGUAAAGUUCUACCUCUACGUUGAGAUGUGCGAAAACAAUCUGCAGCUGGAGAACCACGUCAAAAGGCUGCAGAACUUGCGUAAAGAACUCAACCACAUCAAGGACACCGACUGGCAGUACGAGUCGAUCGACAAAUUCUUUGGACAAAACUAGACGAAUUCGGACUAGAUUUUCAUGAGUGAUUAUAGGUGAUGACUGUAUAGCGUGUCAGUGAAAUAGGCAAAAAAGGACGGCGUGCUAGUUUAUAUGAAUUUUGAGUUGGAAAAGUGUGAACAGAGAAAAUGUUGCGUUUAGUUAAAAAAGUGAUGCUGGAUCUGGUCUCCAGCAUUGGUGGCCCGAAGGAAACAGAGGAGGAGAAAAUCAAACGGCUGGAAGCUCUGUUAGAAGAUAACGACGGAAAGGACGAUGAAGAAGAGCAGUUACGAUUGGAAGAAGAUGCAAAAAAGGAAAUAACGGCAACCAAUUGCUUUCUACAGACAGGGAUUGUGACCAAGGUUGAGAGCAACUACAUUGUGAUUGAUAUGACGAUGAACGUGGAGAAAAAGGUCUUGCAGGCAUGCCAGUUUCAACAUCAGCUGGAAGUUGGGGUAAAAGUGUCCUACCUGGCGUACAAGGCUCCCCAAAGUGAAUCCAUCAAAGUAGUCAAACUGGAAGCGGUGUUGAGUGAAGUUUGGGGUGAUAAAAAGCAAAAGACGGAGAAGGAAGAGAUUGAACAACUAGUACACGAGAUCAAUCCCACGUACUUCAAUUACAAUCAGCGCAGCGAACAGGGAACGGUCAUUACCAAGCGGCGAGGUUUACUGACCGUGGAAACCGAUCAGGGUGAACAUUCCAUCGAAAUGGACAAUCUCCAGCUGACAUUUGUGCCGGAGGUCGGCGACUACGUUGUCCUGGACUGUCUGGUUCAAAUAGAUGAAACCUACUUUGACACUCGUGGCAACAUCUUGGAAGUACGGGGAAUAGCACCCACGCGGACAGUACAGGGAACUGGUUUUGUCACCAAAGCCGACGCCGAGGGUGGCGAAAUUCGAACCGAUGACGGAAUGUACACCUAUCUUUCGGAUGUUUGCGAAGGUGGUAUAACUCCAAAUCAAGGCGACAAAGUUAUCUUCGAGGCAGUAGAAAAUGCUCAGUUAAACUUCCGCUGCAUAAAGCUAGUUAUCGAAACGGCAGCAGUACGUUCGGUUGACGGUAGUACCAAGGCAGAAACGGCAACAAAAUUCGAUGACGACUUUUUCUUGGACAAACGUGGCAUCAAGAUUACCGACGACUUGGACAUAAAGCUUGAUAACCUAAACGAGCGUAAGAAGUUGGACGUGGUCAUUAGGAACGAAGGUGAUCGGCAACACAAGCUUAUGCGGUCUGUUUUCAUGUCGAACAAGCAAACCUCCCAAAUGCGUUUGCUACAUCCGAAAGUAACCGAUACUGCUGUCCUGCAGCCUGGAGAUGCGGUGACAUACACAUUUGAAAUUACUGCUGCAAACUUUGGCGUUAGCAAAGAGGUCUUCAUGUGGGCGUUUGGAGGGGGAUUUAAGAUAGCAAGAUACGUUACCGUAACUGUUGGAGAUGCUGAGACGAUCAGUACUCAGGUGAAAUAUAAUGGGACAACUCAAGCUCGCACGGCCGCUGGUUCCCAUAAGUUGGCCGCUUGGAACGUGUAUAAGCGAAGUGGCGAAAUAACACCUGGACAGAAGCUAAGCAAAAAAGCCAACUUCAUCGACAUUAAGAUAGGUGGCUAUCAAGUUCCAGACGAACUGAAGCAAAUUAUGUUGAAUCCAUCAAUGAGCCGAAAUCAGAUCGAUGAAGAGUUGGAGCGAUCUCAGCGCUGUUUGCAGCGCCCUCUGGGUCCAGAAAACUACAAAGCUGUAUUCAAAACAUUCCUUUGGAUGGAGGACGUACAAUGCGAGAUAUCGAUUGCCCGGUUCAAUGUCGAUCGAGCGCAUUUUAGUCGGGAAGACAAUUAUCUUGCCUUGCGUAUAGAAAAUAUUGCUGAGAGCAGACCUUCGUUGAUUCCCGGCGAUAGGCUAGUGGCAACCACACCUUGGGUCAACAACCAGGGAUUGGCAAAUGGGGCGUUCAUUCAUAAAAUAUUGAAACACAAAAUUCUCGUAAAGUUCAGCGAACACUUCCACGAGAUGUACAACGGAGAGGAUCAUAAAAUUACGUUUCAACCAACCCGGGGUGCUUUCCAGAAACAGCACCAUGCAAUCAACUGUGUCACGAGUGCUAUGGGUUUCGAUUACCUUUUUCCAACUAAGACAAACAUUCGGGAGCCGUGGAUGGAUUUAAAAAUUAACGAAAAUGGCAAGUUAGCGAUGAACGAGUUCGAAAAUGAAUUUAAUUGGCAAAAUCCCAUGCUGAACCCCAUUCAAAAGGAAGCCAUAAAGAAUAUUCUUCGCUCCGAGGCGAGGCCCCUUCCCUACAUAAUCUUUGGUCCUCCAGGAACGGGUAAAACUAUGACCAUGAUCGAGCUGAUUCACCAGAUCGUGAAGCUGUCCGCCGACAGUCGAAUAAUGGUUGCCACCCCAUCGAACAGUUCGGCCAAUCUAAUUACAGAGAGAAUAAUCAAUGCCAAAAUUCUACGUCCUGGAGAAUUUAUUCGAAUUGUCGGAUUGAAUUAUGUCGAACAGGAAUUGGUCCCGGAACAUCUUGCUCCCUAUUGCGGUACGGUUGAUAUUGCAUCUGAGCGAACCGUGAAAGGCGAAGUCAUUACAACCGAGUCUGGAUUGAAGCACAAGUUGCAACUGAAACACUUGGGUCGUCACAGAAUUACAAUCGGGACCUGUGUCACUCUCGGUACGCUUAUGCAAAUCCGUUUUCCCCGGAAUCAUUUCACCCACGUUUUAAUAGACGAGGCAGGUCAGUGUUUGGAAACGGAAACACUAAUCCCCAUGACCUUUAUCAACCAACAUUGCGGAACAGUUGUACUUGCGGGUGAUCCAAUGCAGUUGGGUCCAGUUGUGAUGAGUAGUCAUGCUGCAGACCGUGGAUUCGGUACAUCUCUUCUGGUUCGUUUGAUGGAUGCACCACUGUACAGAACGGACAAAACUCGGUUCCCCAAGACCGGCGGAUAUAAUCCACGGCUAGUGACAAAGCUACGGUACAACUACCGUUCGGUUCCCAGCAUUCUCGACAUUUACAGUGAACUGUUCUACGAGUCUGCGCUGAUUGCUCGUAUUCCUGUCGAAGGAAGUGAAGAAGCAAAGUUCCUCGAUUCAGUUUAUGACAUUCUUCCAGUAAAGACGGUCCAAAAGCCGCAAUCUGGAUUCAUUUUCUGGGGUGUCAACGGAGUCAACAAGCAAACCCCGGACAGUCCCUCAUGGUUCAACCCAGCAGAAGCCAAGAGUGUAUUCAAUCUGUUAUUGAAGCUCUACAAGAAAGGAGUCCGCCCAGAGGACAUAGGCGUCAUUACCCCGUACCAGCAACAGGCGAAAACAAUUCGGAGAAUUUUGGAAGAAAGCAAUCUGCAGAAACCAAAAAUCGGUAGCGUGGAGGAAUUCCAGGGCCAGGAACGUAUGGUUAUUCUGAUAUCUACUGUGCGAACAUCUAAAUCUCAACUCGUAAGCGAUCAGCAACAUGCUCUUGGUUUCGUGUCCAGUCCGAAGCGAUUAAAUGUGGCAAUUUCACGUGCUCGGGCGUUGCUGAUCAUUUUCGGCAGUCCACAACUUCUCUCGGCGGAUAAACUUUGGCAAAAGUUGCUCUACAAAGCAAUUGACAAUGGUACGUAUUGUGGAUGUGAUCUACCAGAUCAUUUGGCACCCCAUUUGAUAACCGAUCGGGCCAUAAAUGGUGACAAUCAGACGGAGGAGGAGCGCUAAGUGUUGGUGGAACAGGUAUUAAUAAGGAAUAUUCGUAAAUAAACAGAUGAAACUAAAUCCUUUU